AUGAACAAAUAUCCAAAGUUACCAAGGCAUUUUGAGAAUAAACACAGUACAGAGAAAGAUGUUGUAUAUGCAUUAAGUUUCAGAAAGGGAAGUACCGAAAGGAAAAUUUUAUGGCAGAAACUAACAAAUAAAGGCAACCAUGCUCAUAAUGUUGAAAUACUUAAAGAUGGAUAUGGCUAUAUCAUACCAUACAGAAGACCAUCAUUUACAGUUCCUGUAUCGCAGUAUCUCCCUUGUCCUGAAUGUUUGGGUUGGUUCAUCAAAGCAGAACUGUAUAAACACAACAAGAUAUGUCCUGUCAAACUGUUUGAAAAUGCAACACCAAAAAUAAUUCACCGAAGAAUACAACAAGUAGCAGGAAUGUUAUUACCACAUAGUGAUAAUGUUACAGAGGGUAUGGCAGACAGAGUGCUAUCUAGAAUGACUCAGGAUGAAGUGGCAGUAAUUGCAAGAAAUGAUGAUCUUAUCAUAGAAUUUGGAUCCAGGGAAUAUAUGAAAGUUGGUACAGAAUCUGCAAAGAUCCAGUACGUGAAGCAGAAAAUGAGAGAACUUGCAAAACUUCUAAUACAACUUAGAAAGAUCAGUAAGAAAAAUGCAUCCUCCCUAAAAGAAUAUAUUCAUCCUUCAAAGUUUGAAAUUGUAAUCCAGGCAACACAGCAGUUGGCAGACUAUAACCUUGACGACAGAGUUCUUGGAAAACCUUCUCUCGCAUUAAAGUUGGGUCACUCUCUGAAGAAAUGUACUACAAUCUGCAUGGCUGAGGCAAUCAAAAAUGAAGACUCUACCAACGAAUUAGCAGCUAAGAAAUUCCUUAAAUUGUGUGAGAUACAGUGGGCACAGUCGAUAAGUUCACAUGCACUUAAUACUAUGAAUGAAAGGAAGAGAAACAUGCCAAAAUUUCUUCCAUUAGUUGAAGAUGUUGUGAAGGUAAACAUGUAUCUGAAAAAGACUGCCACUGAUGCUUAUAAAGAUCUACAAGAAGAUACAACCACAUCAACCUGGAAGAAUUUGAGCGAGAUAACGUUAGCCCAAUUGAUUUUAUUCAAUAGGAGGAGGAGUGGGGAAAUGGAAAGAAUGCUUCUAGAAGAUUUUAAAGAAGUAAGAGGAGUCAAUCAAGAAGCUGGUUCAUCUUUGACAAGUUGGGAGCAAAAUCUGUGUCGUUUGAUUGAUAGAGUUGAAAUAAAAGGCAAAAGAGGAAGAAAUGUGCCUGUUCUAUUAACCAAGGAUCACUGUAAUCAGAUAAAAUUACUUAUCGAAAAAAGAAAAGCUGUUGAAGUCAAUGUGGCAAAUCCAUACAUUUUUGCGUGCUUACAAAACUCACUGCGCCCAGUACGUGCAACAGUAUGCCUGAGAAAGUUUGUAACAAAAUGUGGCAUUGAACAUGCUGAACGGUUCACCUCUACAAAUUUAAGGAAACAAAUUGCUACAAUGUCACAAAUCUUCAAUUUGAAGGACAAUGAGCAAGACAUCCUUGCUGGAUUUUUGGGACAUGACAUAAGAGUCCAUCGAGAGUUUUACAGACUUCCACAGAAUACAUUACAAAUUGCAAAGGUCAGCAGAAUUCUGAUGGCAUUUGAGAAAGGAAAUAUUGGAGAAUUCAAGAACAAAGGACUUGAUGAAAUAGAAAUCAACAUAGAUGAUGAAUGUGAGAAUGAAGACCUACUGAAUACUGGUAAUAUCAUUGAAGAUGAGGAAUUUCAAGAAAUGAAUAAUAAUAAUAAUAAUAAUAAUACAGAUAUAAAUGGAAAACUACAAGACAAAUGUAUGCAUAUUGAUGAUGAAGAUGUUUCUAAAGGUGAUGUAGAUACAAUGAAAGUAGGGCCCUACUCGAUAAUGAAGAACAGUAUAUUGGACCUGGGCCAUAAAAAACAGCUGUCAGAUGAUAUUGUGAACUCUGCUAUUUAUAUUGCCACAAGAGAGAAAAAGGCCAUUCUUUUUUUUGACCACAAUUUAAUGACAUCUAUUUGUUUGAAGGGUGAAAUGGCCAAACCAAAAAAGAUAAAUCUUUCCAAGUAUGAGAUGGUAAUAGGUGCUAUGUUUGAAGGUGGAGAAACAACUAAUUCUGGCAUAAUAAAUGGACAUUGGACACUUGUGGUGGUUAAGCAAAAAAGUCAUGAAAUAAUAUAUCUGAAUUCUACUGGUGAAAGUAAAGAGACAAUGGUGACAAUUCAGCAGAAUUGGAAUAAUUAUGCAAGUAAGAAGGGUGAAGUCAGUACUUAUACUAUAUUGAAAGUGGAUCAUACAAUGCAAGAUGAUGCUGUAUCAUGUGGUGUGUUAGUCAUCAAGUUUGCAGAGCAGUUUGCUAAUGGACAGUCUACAAAAUUAAUAGAUAUGACAUGGACAACAUAGUGCAAUUUAGAGAAGAUAUAUCACGUU